UUUUGAUAAGCCUUGAUGACCGAGCCCUCCUCUGAUUGGACGGCCGAAGAAAAGGGAAGUAAAACUUUGGUUGUUUUCCUGCGGACACAGGAGAAAAAAAACAAGCAGGUUGUCCGUCGACAGCGACAUUUAUUUAAGGCCUUUUAAAGUCUCCAGCUCGGUGCGGACUGAGAAAGGAGACAGAAAUGUGAAGCUUCCUCUCUCCAGAUGUACCGAGGACGCUAGUUUUAACAGGUCAGAGGCACGCGCUUCCUGGACUGUUGGACUCGAGACAUAAAGUCCGCGUGUGAUUGACAGAGUUCAGACAGACAGACAGGUGGACAGACAGACAGACAGACAGACAUGGACCAUGCAGCGCCGCAGGACGCACACCAGAGCAAGGGCGUCAUGUUGCGGCACAAGGAACACGGCGAUGAGUCACUUGACAAGAGGCCUGCUGACAAAUCUGCGUCUCCCGCUCAGGAUGAGAAGAGGCCGAUCAGAAGAGUGCGAAGUCCGUCCAGACCGAGGGCCUGGAUGUCGGGCUCUUACAAACCGAAGUUAGGAGGGCAUUUCUAUAAACCUCGGGAUGACCACCACCCAUUCUACAAGCCGAGCUUCAGCUACCAGAGGUACCACCACUUCCACCCGCGGGCUAAUUUCCACCGGAGGGAACACUUUCACCCAAAACCUCACCACGUGGCGCUGAAGGAGAGGGAGCGAGAGAAGGAGAAGGAGAAGGAGCGUUACGAGCAGAGCAAGAGCACCGAUGGGAGUUCGCCUCCGAAACAAAGCAGCACUCCUCGAGCUUUCUUACCAAGGUCCAGCUCCAGCAGAGACAAGGACAUGCAGUUCAUUGUUGCUCAAAGCGACAGGAAUCAAAGCAGGGAGAGAGAUCACAGAGGGAGCAAAAGCAAAGAAAGGGAACGAAGCAGCAGAGAUGGGGAGCUCCCUUCAACUUCGAGCCAGACGGUGGCACGAGACAGAGCCAUCAAGCAGAAGAGGAGGGAGAUAGACGAGGUGUACUAUCAGGAAUGUGAAAUGUUUGGCCUCGUGGCGAAGAUGCUGAUUGCCAAGGAUCAGUCCCUGGAGGGUCCCAUCCAGUCCUCGCUGCAGGAGAACCUCAGGGACAUCGGCAAGCGCUGCGUGGAGGCCAUGGAGAAAUUUAUCGAGGACUAUGACUCAAGAGAGUCGUCUCACUAAUCAGACACCCGCUCAUCAAGCCUGUUUUUCCUAGCAUCGAUCCCACUGGAAGACAUGUUGAAGAAUUCAGGUGAUUGAAUGCUGCUCUUUCUCUUUCUGCAAUAAGCUCGUCCAUUCUUGCCUUAUGCUUCAACAAAGUCUCCCCCUGUGCUCGGCCUUAUGACGAGCAACUCUGGUGAAAAAUCCAAAGGGAUCGUAAACAUUUGAUGCUGCUUUUGAUUUUGAUAAUGUUAUGUUAAUUAUACAAAAAUGCACUGGUUGUAAUCCUUAAAGUGUCCUUAUGAAGAUGUAUUUUGAUAUCUGACUGAUGUUCUUACUGUUCAACCACUUGCUUCGCAAUUAUUUAAUUUGCUGCAUAUUAAACAUAAUUUUCCUUAAAAUGUU